AUGUUCCAACCUACGAGAAGGAUGAUGAUGCAACCUACGAGGAGAAUGUUGCGACCUGUGCCGGAGGAGGAGCAAAGUGGUCAUACCAUUUCUCAAAGACUACGAAGACUUAAGAAGAUCCCACCGGAGUUGAUCCCACUCGGUAUCGUCGUGGGUGUGGCUGUGGGGUUCGCAUUCUAUUCUUUGGGCAACAAACUUGUUGUGGACAAGCAAAUGCGAUUGACCCGACAAAACCGAAAGGAUUAA